GUUUGAAAAUUGGAUUUUUUGUUUACCUAGUGUGGAAGUCAAUCCCUAAAACAGGCAAAAAUUGCUACUUUAAAGAAAAAAAAAGGUAGUUGUACAGCAGUUCCUGUGCACCAAGCCUAUAUAUAUAUUUUUGUGACCAGAUUAAAAAGACUCUAAAACACAUACUUCAGCCUUGCAGUUCUCUUUCCCUCCAGACAAAACCACUAUGGCCGUUGAUUCAGAAUUGACAGAUAUUGCAGCUACUGUAUAUGAUGCCAUUCGUCUUGUGAGAGACCCAGAAAAGGAUGCAACUUUAGAGGACUUAAAUGUUGUCAGUGAAGAAGGAAUAAAGGUUACAAGAUUCAAUGAGGACAAGUAUCUGAUAACAGUGGAAUUUGUCCCAACCAUUUCCCACUGCUCUUUAGCAACUCUCAUUGGCCUAUGCAUACGAGUGAAGUUGAUGCGUGCGCUCCCUUUUCCCUUUAAAGCAGACAUCCAUUUAGCUCCUGGAAGUCAUGACACAGAACACGAAGUAAACAAACAAAUCAAUGACAAAGAACGUGUAGCAGCAGCUUUAGAGAACCCUAACCUUGCAAGAGUUGUUGAGGAAUGUUUAGUCGAAAGAGAUUGCUAGUUUUCUACGAAAGAGACAUUCAUUUAGAAUUGGGGAAAUAU